AGCACAGAGUAGUCUCUCACUCUCUCUGCACAAACAUGUCAGGUUACCAUAAUUAUCCUUCAGGCUACCCUUACAGCGCACCGCCUUCUCAGAACUAUUCCUCCGCCCCCUACGGUGCUCCGGCAUCAGGGCCGCCACAACCAGGCCAAUCCUCAGCCUACGCACCUGUAGGGACGCCAUACUCCGCUCCCUCAGCUCCUCCCAACAAACCUCCAAAAGACAACCCCCAUGCACAUGGUCAGCCCUCGGCUCCCUAUGGCGCACCUCAGCACUACGGCGGCUACCCUGCUCCACCGCCUUCUGCUCCGUAUGGAAGUAGCCCGUUUGCCUCACUCGUGCCCUCCACGUUCCCUCCUGGCACCGAUCCCAACGUGAUUGCUUGCUUCCAGGUAGCCGAUCAGGAUGGCAGUGGGCUUAUAGAUGAUAAGGAGCUCCAGCGGGCGCUAUCUUCGUAUAAUCAGAGUUUUAGCCUAAGAACUGUUCACCUUCUCAUGUAUCUCUUCACCAACACCAAUACCAGAAAGAUCGGUAUGCAUGCUUCUAUCUCUUUCUCUAUCUGUGUUUAUGUGUGUAAUUUUGUUAAAUGUGUAUGAACUUGUCAUCACCAU